UCCACCGCUUGUAAAGAAACACCCUGUGAUCUUCCUACCUUCACAAAGCUUCUGAGGGGUAAGCUACAGAAAGAAUAUCUAUUUUUCAUAAACUGAUGAAUGGGAGUUUUCUCCCCGCAGAAUCCUGAAGCAUAAGCAUACUGGAAAGGGGCGCAUAGCAAACUGAUGAACAGCCCUUUCUCUCAAUGAGACCCGAAGUGAAAAGACGCAGCAAUGAAUGACAUUCUACUGGCAAGAGCAGCAGUCGUGCGCAGCUACAUCGAGCACAAAAUAACUAUUGUGGGGAUAGAUGAUUGAUAACGCAACUGCUAUAGCGCAGGCCGGGAGAGCGAAACAGAUGUAAUUUUCUUAUGGUACAGCUGGUUCAGUGCCACUGGGUGCUGCAUGGAUUGUUAUUGCAAUCAGUCCUUCUACAUCAGCCACUGCUACCAGCAAUCCCAAAUUACUUAGGAAUUCCGGACGGCUGUCUGAGGAGCAAUAUUGCUGCAGAGCUCUACGGGAAUGCCAUGUGUCGUGGCGCGACAUAAGAACCGCUUUGUGGUGUCUUCUCCACCCGGGACAGGUGGUGUUGUGUGUGCUGGGGGUUAGUGGGGGUAUAUGGAUACACAACCCGAGAGACAGUUGUCUUAGGGAUGUCACGCCGCCGUACGGGAUCAGUUUUUUCCAGAGACAAGUGCGACAGAGAAGAGUAGUAGUUUACAAACGACGUUGGGAUUGACGAAAACCUCGGACCUCUCUCUCCUCUUCUUACAUACUGGAUAUUAAUCCAGCGGACAUCAGACUGUGUGGAGGCAAGAACUGUGUAAUCGUCGCGUUCCGGGCGCACCUUUUACUCGACAAUCAGCGAAGCUGUAUUCUGCUGCUGCCAUGUCGACCCUGGCCCCACCCUUUUUCCUGCUGUUCUGGCUCCUCCGAUUGGCCAGCACUGCGUUUCCGGAGGAACCGGGGCCUCUGAACUUUAUCUCCACUGAAGUGGUCCACCGGUACCCAGUGUUUCUGGGUCGGCCACAUCGUUCAUCCCUGAGACAGGAGCCACUGCAUAUUCAGAGAGUCCUCAAGGUGAACCGGACCCUCUACAUUGGAGCCAGAGAUGACCUUUUCCGUGUGGAGCUGGACAAUGUGGCGGGAGACGAGAUGUUCUACAGUAAGAAGAGAACAUGGGAGUCCAACAAAAAUGACAUCAGGACCUGCCGGAUGAAGGGCAAGCACGAGGACGAGUGUCGGAACUUCAUGAAGGUUUUGCUGAGUCGACAAGGAGGUCUGUUUGUAUGUGGGACUAACGCCUUCAAUCCGCUGUGUGCCAACUAUACUGGAGACACUCUGGAGAUGGUGGGAGAGACAGUCAGUGGGAUGGCCCGCUGUCCCUAUGACCCUAAACACGCCAACGUGGCUCUGUUCGCAGAGGGGAAUCUGUUUACGGCCACUGUGACGGACUUCCUGGCGAUAGACGCUGUGAUCUACCGUAGCCUGGGGGAAAGUCCUGCACUCCGCACAGUCAAACACGACUCCAAAUGGUUCAGAGAGCCCUAUUUUGUCAGUUCAGUGGAAUGGGGUCCUCACAUCUACUUCUUCUUCAGAGAGAUGGCCAUGGAGUUUAACUACCUGGAGAAGGUACGAGACAAAAUGGUACAGGUGUCUCGGGUGGCGAGGGUGUGUAAGGGGGACCUGGGUGGCUCUCAGAGGGUGUUGGAGAAGCAGUGGACAUCGUUCCUGAAGGCCAGACUGAACUGCUCCGUCCCUGGAGACUCCCACUUCUACUUCAACCUGCUCCACUCCACCAGCCCUGUCAUCAGGAUGCACGGCAGGGACAUCAUCCUGGGAGUCUUCUCCACCCCCACCAACAGUAUCCCUGGUUCAGCUGUGUGUGCUUUCGACAUGGAGGAGCUAGCUGGGGUGUUUGAUGGGAGAUUCAAGGAGCAGAAGUCACCUGAGUCUAUAUGGACCCCUGUUCCUGACGAGCUCAUUCCCAAACCAAGGCCAGGGGGCUGUGCUGUGCAGGGCUCCAGGUUCAACUCAUCAAAUGGUUUCCCUGAUGAGAUGUUGAACUUUGUGAAGACCCACCCCCUGAUGGACGAGGCCGUGCCAUCACUGGGACAGAGGCCCUGGAUCGUCAGGACCAUGGUCAGGUACCAGCUGAAUAAGAUGGUGAUGGACACAGAGGCUGGCCCCUACAGAAACCGCACAGUGCUCUUCCUGGGCUCCAGCCGGGGGACUAUCCUCAAGUUCCUGAUCGUCCCCAACCGGGACAACACCGUGUCCAGCAGCAAUGUCUUCCUGGAGGAGCUGGAGGGCUUCAUCCCUGACAAGUGUGGGGAGGACUCUUCGCAGGCAAGGCAGUUGUUAUCCCUGACUCUGGACUGGGAGAGCCAGUCUCUGCUGCUGGCCUUCCCCUCUUGUGUGGUCAGGGUCCCUGUGGCACGAUGCCAGCUCUACUCACGCUGCAUGAAGAACUGCAUCGCCUCCAGGGACCCCUACUGUGGCUGGACCAGAGGAAGCACCUGCUCCUUCCUCAGGCCCGGGACCAGACUGCCGUUCGAGCAAGACAUAGAACAAGGGAACGUGUCCCACUUGGGCGACUGUGACGGUCUCCUGCAGGAGUCUUUCAUUGAUGAGCCAGAUGGUCUGGUGUCAGUCAACCUGCUGGUUGUGUCUGCGGUCUCGGCCUUCACCACGGGGGCGGUGCUGUCGGGCUUGGCUGUCUGCUGGAUCAUGAGUCAUCGCCACCGCACACGAGGGGCAGGAGCCAACAGGAGCCGUAAAGGAGACAAGGAGCAGAACAUGCUGGGUCAGGGCCGGAGCGGCUCAGUGAUGAGCGUGACACGUACCAGCGGCAGCGAGAGAUCCCGGUCACAUUCUCAGGCAGACAACCCGUUCGUAAUGCCCAAUGGCUGGCCUAAAGGAGAGAUGGAUCCAGGCCUGCCUACUCCAGAACAGACCCCCCUGCAGCAGAAACGGCCUCCACCCAGCAUGAGAGAUGGAGACUGGGACCAGAGCCAGACCUUCCUCACCUCAGUGGGCAUGCCCUGCCCAGCCAACUCCGUCAUCUACCUGAGCUCCAAGUUCCUGCAGGAGAGAGGUGGCAGGCACGAGGGCCCAGGGGAUGUGGGGCCCACCAACACGGAGCGAACACGUUACCUGGUCCUGGCCAGCAACCGGGAGCCCCACGGGGGACAACCCAGGACCACCCUGAGGAACUCUGCAGGUGAAUACAACUACCCAGCCACGCCACAGGACUCCCCAGACCGCAGGAGGGUGGUCUCAGCCCCCAGCACCCAGAUGGACUUUGAGGAGCCCCCCCGCUGGACCCACGAGGGGCUCAACUAUAACAGCAAUAACGGAGCGCCCUACCCCUCCCAGCGCCCGGGCCUGAUCCGGGCCAACCACCACGGCCUUGCAGACUUCAGUCACCUAAUGGGAAAGAGCAUGGGCGAGCCUACCCCUAGUGGCCAGUGAGGAGAAGAGCGCCAUGAACCCCUCUCUCUGAAACCCAUUUCCCCUCAGCAACUGGAAUACCCCUCAGACUCACUCUCCCAUCCCGAAUCCUGCCCUGUCUGUCCUCUCUCACUGUCAUUCAAUGUUCUGACAUCCCCCGGCGCGAAGCCUGACUGACUAACUGACUGAAGAGACUGGGACUCCAGAAGCCAGCAGUUUAGAGCGAGAAAGAGAGAGAGAGAGAUAAAGAGAGGAGGUUAUUCUCCUCAUGGCUUCAGCUCUGCUAUCGCCCUGAGAGGUGCACCCCUCUCCUCCAUACGUGGUUUAACCCACAGAGCAGGGCCUGGACACCAUAAAACCAACCUCAAGGACUAGGAAGGGGUGCAAGGGAAGGGACAUUUUGUGAAAAAGGAAUAACAAAAAAGAGAACCGCUUCACUGAUAAUUUAGCAUUCAGUUCCAGUUGUGAAAGGUCUCAUUCUACUAUCUUGUGAUCUGCAAGUCAUUCUUUGGGUGUGACAUUUUUAUUUCUGCUUUCCUUUUUGCCAGAAUCCAGCAGACAACCAUGUGCUUUUCCUUGGUUUUCAGGCCAUCUCUAUCAGUCAUCUCUAUCAGUCAGCUCUAUCAGUCAGCUCUAUCAAUCAGCUUGUGUUUGGUAGAUAUUAGCAAUGCCAGAGGGCACUGGAUCAUGCAGUAUGGGAAAGGCUUCCUGUCUUAAUGUGAGCAUACAACGCACUGGAACUUCUUAUAGGAAUAAGCUUGAUAAUGAUGUCAACGAUCCAUUCCGUUGUGUUAACAAUCAUGGAAAAAACAAAUUUCUAGUGUUUCUGAAGCUCUAUUAUGUGAUUAUAAUCAGACCCCCCCAGUCUACAGCCCAGAUCUAGCAACAACAGCACUGGAGUUGAACAUGUCAAGGUGGAGGGUGCAAAAACCAGCAGGGAGGAGAUAAGAGAGGAUGGCACCUUUCCAUUUGAUUUAAAAUCAACCCCAAGCAUUUUCUAAUAUCUCUGUGUUUCCUUGGAGAAAUGGAGGGAACAGUGAAAGAGAGUCAGAGGGUACAGUGGUAUAAGACAACCUUGUCCCUCCCACUCCCUUCCUCCUUCUCUGUCUGUCUCUCCCUGGAUCUGUGUGACCUGACCUGAGGUCUGGGCUACCCGGCAGGCCAGCGGAGAAGAGAGAAGAGCACAUAGCCCAUGUAGGGGGAUGUGAGCCUGGCUGUGGGAGCUAGUGGGCCCAGGGCCCUGCCACUGGGGAGCUCCAUUCAGGCUCCUCUCCCUGACACUGAGCUUCUUUGUGCCCCGGAGCAGGAGGAGACGGCUGCAACAAAUAGCCGUUAAGAGUCUGGGCCCGCGGGACGAACCCAGCGCCCCAGACCAGCGGAAUAUCAAUGAGGACAGCAGCGCCCCACUGCCCGUCCCUCCGGCCCCCUCACAGACACUGGCAUCGUCUGGGACUGGGGCUGGGACCAGGCAGGGUGGUAGGCCAGGGAUGGGCCAAUAGGGCUGGGGCUGGCAGACAGGCAUCAUUCAGACUGCUAUCACUGCUAUAUCCCUGCCUUUCCGUGUCUAUACACAAGGGGCACUGGCUAAACAAAGCAAAGUAGAACUGUUUGGCCGUGGAUUGUCUCCCUCAGCUCUCUCUCUCUGUUUGAUGUUCUCCUUUUGUCCGCCCCUCUGCUCACUCCCCUGUCUGUCGAUCCGGUGGCUGGUGUUUGUUCAUCUGGGUCAUGACUUGUGUGUGUGGAUGCUGCUCUGUUUCAGGCUGCAGUGGAAGUUGUCUUAAUCUCCUUGUUCUCCCCCUAGUUCUCUGGCCCGGCAGCCAUUAUCUGAGUGAUUUCUGCCGCAAUCCCCCAACAUUCACAAAUCAGUGUUAACUGCAUCCUCACCCUGAGUGCUGGUCGGCAACACGCAUGGGAGCGCAUAGACUGGCUUCAUUAGUGGGUCUGUGGGCUGGGAGGAGCAGAGGAGGAGAGCUGGAGAGAGAUGGAGCUGGAGGGGCAUGGGAGGAACAGAGGCUGAUCUGGGUAGGACUGGCAGAGAGUGGUGUUAGAGAAACACACAACAGCGGCAGAGAGCACAAACAUACAUCUUUGCAGGGCUUAAAUACAGAGCUAUGGCUACAUUCAGAGCUGCUCUGAAACAGGGGGAGCAGAUAGAGAGGAUGCCUGGCCUGUAUAGAGAGCCAGCUGUGUGGUGGGCUGAGGAGAGGAGCCAGGCUGGACGGUGGAUUUGUUUGUCUUAAUGUAAAGGGCUAAACCACUGAGGUAGAAUACUAAAAGAGAUUCAUGGAGUGGAAGCACAUGAUCUAGCUGGGUAGAAGUGCCCACGCAUGGCUGAGUCCAGGGAGACAACUCAACAACUGAAUGAGUGUGUGUGCAUGUGUGCGUUCAUGUGAGUGUGUUGGUUUUUGUGCACUUGAAGUACAGUAGUAGUGAGUGUUGCCAUGAAUGAGUAAAGUAGUCGGAUGGGGUGGGGAGAAUAUUGAAAUAGCACAUUCCAUACUGUAGUAGACAAAACCACUCCUCCACGUCGUCGUCCUCCUCCUCCUCCUCCUCCUAUCUCCUGAGAGGAGUGUUGGUUGAGAAAAUGGGUCCUUGAAGCAGUAGUGGCCCCCUGGUGCCCCCUCUCCUCUCCUCUCUGUCUCCCAGCCAGUGGUGUCCCCUAAGUGCAGUGAGUGAAUGAGGCCUGCUCUGCCUACCCAGCCAGCCGUGCUCCAGCUCCCUCUCUUACACUAUUUCACUAAACAUGCUUGAUUAGGCAAAGUACAUCCCAGCUCCUAAUGUUGUGAUGAGCCUUUGAGAAGAUUACUACAGACAUAUCAAGAGGGUGACGAGCACCCACUCUCCUCGACAGCUAUCCCCCCAUACACAAACACACACACACAGUUACACGGACACACACAGUCACACAUACAUAAACAUACACACACACUGACACAGACAGUUACACACACACUCAGACACACACACUGCGCCCUAAUCAAAUUCAGGAUGCAAUUGAAUUACGAUUCGCUGUUAUCCCCAGGCCAGGGAGGAGGGAGGCCAGACUUGCGGCUCAGACCCAGGGAUUUGCUCGUUGAAAGAGCCACACUUAGUCCACCAUGACUAAACAGUUAAGGAAUCUGGGAUUCCCCUUUAUACAACCCUUCAGGCUUGCACACAGACAGACAGACAAACAGACACACACACACACACAAUCAGCCUUUCCCUCUCUACAUGCUGUAUUAGCAGCUACAAUCAAACAGAGGCAGUUUUAAAUGUGUCAACACCAGAAUGAAAAAUCUGGGUAAUUUACUGUGAAGCGCUCAAAAAUGUUUGUUCUUUUUUAAAUCAGUUUUUAAAUGUUUUAACCCUUUUUUCCUACAUUUGCAAUCUGCUGAUGCAGUAAAUUGUUUUCUUUGGCAGCCAUUACUUUCUGCUGGACAUUUUUUGUUUGGAUCUGUUUGAUAUGUAGCUCACAGUGUUCCUCUCUCUCCCCCCACCCUCACCCCCAACCCACAUGACCUGAUCUGUCUGUAUAAAUAUCAUGGACUGUGUGUUUGCCUGAGACCAUGCCAUUGUCUGUUGUUGGCUUGUUUUCCUCAGUAACCCAGUGAAUUAGCUAAUGCCCCCCAGCCAGAAACUGCCAAUGCCAGGAUGGGAUGCCCUAGAAACACCC